AUGUCUUUGGCGCGCACGGCACAGUUCCAAUUACAGCCUCAUACAACAAAACCCUCGCGGCUGGGCUUCAUUGGGCAAAAUGGUGCAGUCGCUUUUAGAUAAUCCAAGCAACCGUCACGAUCCGUGUAACCAUCGUAUCAUCUGUCAUAAUAGUGUUCAGCCUGCCAGUACAACAGCCAUAAACAAAUCGUGCACGGGCAUGUUGUAGCUAAAUUAAGUUUUUCGGACUCCGAAACACACGCGCUCCAAAUUGUGAACUCCAAAUGUUAUGGAAGUGGCUAGAGGACAACUUCAAGUACCGGCGAAAGUGUGGUUUUGUUUUUGGAAGAAGAAGAAAUUCGGUUUUAGAAGUAAGCGGAAGCCACAAGAUCACGCGCCAACAGUACCAAGCUCUACUGGCAUGCAUUGAUUACUUAGAACAACAUAUUGGCGUGUAUGGGCUCUUCGUAACGGGCGGCAGUACGAUGCACGUGAAGAAAAUAUACGAAAAAAUUAAAUCCGGCUACCCAAAUCUGCUCGAAUACCUUCGCCUGGUGCACGCCCCGAGAGAGUGUGCGAUGGCUUUUCAUCAAUUUCUUUCCGUAUUCCAGGUGCAGGUUCUUCCGCAACGUUGCAUCGAUGUCGUGUUAGGCGAUGUUGUCGGUGUACCGAAGCGACUCAUCGCACUGGACGUUCUUAACCUGCUGCACGAGGAGUUCGACGACACGCGGCUUCACUUUGCCAAGCGAUACCUGCAGCUGAUGCGCCGAUACACACUGUACGGAUAUCUGCGGCCAACCGAAGUGCACGUCGUUAUUACACCCUACCUAGCGUUGUCGAAAGUUUUCCCCGGUCCAGACCCCCGAUCAAACAUGAAGACGAAAACGAUGACACUGUUGGAGCUGUUCCUGCUGGCCCAACUGCUAGACGAUCCGAUGUCACUGUCCGAACAGUUACAUCAAGCAUGUGCAUCGUAUUGGCAAACGAACGAAGACUGAAGGCAUACAGAUAAAGAACGCAUACACGUCACGAAUCAACCCUGGCAUGGUUUUAGAUAACCUAGUUCGGCCCUAGUUAAAAAAAAGAUAUCCUGCUCGCUCGAUUUAGACCGCGGUAGGUAAACAAAUACGCGCACCAUAUAAAUCAUGCCGACAGAAGGAACGACUUUUGCCGGUCAAGGUAGGGCGCCCGUUAUCAGCUAUCGUUUGAAGUAUCUGUUCGACAGAUUUAAUAAGCUAUCAUCGCACAAAAAUCUUCCGAUAGCAUGCUUUCCCUUUGAAGGGCGGUCCGUCCUUCAGCCGAUAAGAUAAGAGCACUGAUUGCCAUGCCAGUAAAGUAGUAAUUUAAAAAUUUGGUUUUCAAUUUACACUGUCAAUAGGCAACCUAUUCAAGUCCAGCGGCGUCGUCUGCCGAUCCGUUAUUCAGGUAUUCUUGGUGGACGUCUCAAGCCAUCUUUCUAUUUUGGGAUCGUUGCCUCCAUAUUCUAUCCACGUGGAAGGGAUCAAACGAAGUUUCUGUUUCGAUCGAUCGGUACCAUUCUCAUGACAUAACCAGCUCCACAGAGCCUGACGAAUAGCUCCUGCUCGUAUCCUUCGAUUGUCGAGCCUUCGUCGAUUGUCGUAUCAUUCGAGCUGUCCUUCCUGAGUGAAUUUGGAUUGAGCUAUAAGAGAUGAUCCCCGGAGGCUCCAAUUCCAAGUCUCAUAUACCUAUAUGGAUCUUAUUUAUUUCUCUGGCGUAAAGCAAUCCUGAAAAUCUCCAGGUUCUGACAUCUGAGACAUGAGGAGAAGGUAUACAUAAAGUUGGUACUCUGGCAUUUUCUCCAAGAUUUGCAUCACACGGUGAAGAUCUGAUCUCUCUGAUCUGAUUCACUCAUUACAGUAGAAAAAAAACCGUGGCUUUCCGCGAGCUUUACAGAAAAGGUGCCUCAUUCGUAAGAUCUUCCGCCCGCUCUAUUUACUUUCCACUUCUCCCCGCGCAGAUGUGAAUCAUGCGAUAAAACAUCUUUAUGCUAAACAUUCAUCGCAAAACAAUCCUUAUCAUUGCUGCACAUCCAGAACCACAGACACACAGUCAAACCGUUGCACAGUUGCAAUCAGUUGUGCUGCGCUGCGCGAUGAGUGUUUGUCCUUCUGGAUUUUUAUGUUUGAACAAACGUGUCUUUUCGCGUCGUCUUCGAAAGAGUUCUAUCGUCGACCGAUAAGAAAAACCAGCCCCUGCCCACUUCCACCCCGCGCUCGCGUCUUUAUCGGUUAUGAAACUCUACGAAGCGUGUGCUUCGCUGAUGGUGGUGCGCAUUUGCCUGAAAUAUUUGCUACGCAUGGAUAGCAGAGCUGUGACUAAACAACGCCAGAAGCAGGCAACAAGCAGGGGAAGAAAAAACAAAAAUACACUGCAAUCAAAUGCUUCGUCACAAUCGCGGUGAAUACGGUGGUAUUACUUCCUUCCUACCCGUCGUUCGACUGGUUCCGUCCGGGAAACCGUUUUAGUCAUCCUUUUUGCGGCAGCAGCCACAUUUCGCAGUCUGUUCUGGUGCUGCGUAUCGUGUGGAAGGUAUUUCAAGUUCUCGCUACUAUCGUCGAUCGCUCAGUUGCACUUGAACCGUCUUUCAGAAUCGGGGGUUUGGCGUAAGUUUUCUGCCCGGCACAGCGUAGGAAAGGAAGCAACCAUGUGCUUGUGUUGUGGGAAUCGCGAAGGAUACGAUAUCGACGAUGCCAAUUUUGGAAAAUCGUACAACGAAAGCUUCAGUACGAGCCAAGUGAGUACGGCUGAAGUGGGACCACCGAUUGUGAUCGUUAGUCAACCGACGAACGGUGGUGUGAGCGCUACUGACGGUUCCACCGCCCCGACGGAUGUACGAUGAAGCUUGGCGGAGAUGCACUUGAGAUCGACCGGGGGUCUAUUCGUCGUAUCAGUUAAAUUCCAUUUGUGAUAUCAUCAUUAGCUAUCACCCUUAUCGCUACCAAUCCAGUUCCGGCGUGCAGCACACAAGGGAUCGGCCGUUGUGCCGGUGCGAAAAAUGAAAUGUGACCGUUUGAACUCUUCAACUACGGAUGUGUGGUUCUUAUUAGUGGCUAUAAUAUUAAUGAUUAGCGGAGCUUUUUAAGCGUUUUGUUUUUGUUAUCGGCAGCAGUAAUUUUAAUUAUUUAAAAUUAUUCGAAUAAAUUCGUUUUUAUACAUAUAA